UUUGUUUUAAUUUUUUUGGGUUUUAACCUUAUUUUAUUUUUCGUUUUUUUUCUUAAUUUACUUAUAGAUAUUAGAAUAUAAUGACUGAAAUAAACAAAAUAAAUAGUGAUGAAUUUGAACUUUAUGACAGACAAAUUCGUUUAUGGGGAUUGGAUGCCCAAAAUAGACUUCGUCAAUCUUCAGUUAUAAUUGUUGGAAUGACUGGGUUGGGUGCUGAACUCGCAAAGAAUUUGAUGCUUUCUGGAUUGAGAUCGCUUACUUUAAUGGAUGACAAGAAUAUUUCUGAUGCCGAUAAACAUUCACAAUUUUUAAUUUCUCCAGAUGACCGCGGAAAUCGUGCCCAAGCAUCUAUUGAACGUUUAAAACAAUUAAAUCCGAUGGUUCAAGUUAAUGUUGAAAAUGGCUCUAUUUCAAGCAAAUCAGAGGAUUUUUUCAAAAAUUUUGAUUUGGUUAUUCUUGUUGAUCAAAACUUUGAUAUUACCAAUAAAAUUGACAAAAUUUGCCGUAAAUAUAAAAUUCGGUUCCAAGCUGGCGGUGUUUUUGGUUGGAUUGGUUAUGGAUUUUUUGAUUUUAAUGAUCAUGUUUUUCUUGUUCCAAAACCAAAGGAAGCACAAAUUAUUCAAAGUAUUUUGGAUGAUGUUGAUGAGAGAAUUGAAGAUAUUUCUGAAUCAAAAAAGCUUAGAACUGAAGAUGGAAAUAUUCAAACAUUUACUUUAGAGGAUGAAGAUGCAAAAAUUAAAAAGGUUAGAAAUUUGGACUUGAACGAGAUUUUUUGUGUCGAUUGCUUUAAAUUAUAUGUAUAUCAACUGAUAGCUUUAACAUAA